AUGCGCAGAAGGGUGCCGUGGGCUCUCUCCUACCGGCCGGAGCGGGUGGGGGGAGGAGGCGGCGGCAGCAGCAGCAGGGAGCCAGCUUGCGGGGGAGCCGCCUGUCUGCCCUGCGGUGUGUGCAGCGCCUAUGGGGCCCUGAGGAAGCCGCUUGCAGCACAGGAGGCCGUCGCUCAGGGCAGGACGAUGGAGAACCAGGCGGCCCCGGGCGCCGAGGGCGAGGACACCCCGGGCUCCGGCAGGGCGAACCUCAAGCGCAGCGGGCGCGCCGCGGAGGAGGAGAACAGGAACAAGCCCAAGCUGCGUGACAGAUUAACAAGUUUUAGAAAAUCAGCUGUAAAAAAAGAGAAACCUCUCAUUCAGCACCCUGAUUCUCAAACCUCUAUGAGUGAAUUUCCAGUUGCCCAGCCAUUGUUUGAUGAACGUUGUAUGAAUUUAUCAGAAAAAGAAGUUAUGGAUCUCUUUGAAAAAAUGAUGGAAGACAUGAAUUUAAAUGAAGAACGUAAAGCUCCUUUACGAAAUAAGGAUUUGACCACGAAACGUGAGAUGGUUGGCCAGUAUAUUUCUGCAACUGCUAAAUCUAUAAUUGGAAGUAAAGUUGCGGGAGGAUUGAAAAAUAGCAAGCAUGAGUGCACACUAUCUUCACAAGAAUAUGUCCAUGAAUUACGAUCUGGUAUCACAGAAGAAAAACUUCUUAACUGCCUAGAGUCUCUGAGAGUGUCUCUAACCAGCAAUCCAGUCAGCUGGGUCAACAAUUUUGGACAUGAAGGUCUUGGGCUUCUGUUGGAUGUACUGGAAAGGCUUCUGGACAAGAAACAGCAAGAAAGUAUUGACAAGAAGAAUCAACAUAAGCUUAUUCAGUGCCUCAAAGCAUUUAUGAAUAAUAAGUACGGAUUGCAAAGGACACUAGGAGAUGAAAGAAGCCUUUUGUUACUAGCAAGAGCAAUUGAUCCAAAGCAACCAAACAUGAUGACGGAAACAGUAAAAAUACUUUCUGCCAUUUGUAUUGUUGGAGAGGAAAACAUUCUGGACAAACUUUUAGAAGCUAUAACGACUGCAGCUGAGAGAAAUAACAGAGAACGUUUUUCUCCAGUUGUGCAAGGAUUGGAGAACCAUGAAGCUUUGCAGUUGCAGGUGGCCUGCAUGCAGUUUAUAAAUGCCCUUGUCACUUCUCCAGAAGAUCUUGAUUUUAGGAUACACUUGAGAAAUGAAUUCCUACGCUGUGGACUGAAGAAAAUAUUGCCAGACCUAAAAGAGAAAGAAAAUGAAGAACUCGAUAUUCAGUUGAAAGUGUUUGAUGAAAACAAAGAAGACGACUUAAUUGAAUUGUCACAUCGUCUCAAUGACAUCAGAGCUGAAAUGGAUGAUAUGAAUGAAGUAUACCAUCUGCUGUAUAACAUGCUGAAGGACACGGCUUCUGAAAACUAUUUCCUCUCAAUAUUGCAACACUUACUACUGGUCAGGAAUGAUUAUUACGUCCGAACUCAGUAUUACAAGAUAAUUGAAGAAUGCAUUUCACAGAUAGUACUGCACUGCAGUGGUAUGGACCCAGAUUUUAAAUGUAGAGGAAGAUUGGAUGUAGACUUUACCCACCUUAUUGAUGCAUGUGUGGACAAAGCAAAAGUAGAAGAAAGUGAACAAAAAGCAGCAGAAUUUUCCAAAAAGUUUGAUGAAGAAUUCACGGCUCGACAAGAGGCACAGGCUGAACUUCAGAAACGAGAGGAGAAAAUCAAAGAGCUUGAAACAGAAAUCCAACAGCUACGAACCCAGAGUCCAUUACUUUCAGCUGGUCAGCCUACAUCAGGGGCUUCUCCUUCAUCACCUCCACCGCCACCACCUCCAUUACCUGGUGGAAUCCCACCUCCACCUCCACCUCCACCACCUUUGCCUGGAGGAGGUGUACCUCCACCACCGCCUCCUUUUGGUGGCCCUCCAUUACCACCGCCUUUCGGGGGCAUACCUCCUCCUCCAGGAGCUCCAGCAUCCCUGCCUUAUGGAAUGAAGGAAAAGAAAAAGUAUAAACCUGAGGUCUCUAUGAAGAGAAUCAAUUGGUCAAAGGUUGAACCCCAGGACAUAUUGGAAAACUGCUUUUGGUUAAAAGUUAGAGAGGAUAAAUUUGAAAAUCCAGAUCUGUUCGCAAAAUUGGUGCGUACCUUUGGUACACAGAUGAAAGCUAAAAAGGCAGUAGAUGAUACAGAAGAAAAGAAAGUAGUUCUGCCAAAGAAACGAGUUAAAGAAUUAAGAAUCUUGGAUGGAAAAACAGCACAGAAUCUGUCAAUCUUUCUGGGAUCUUUCCGAAUGCCUUAUGAAGAAAUAAAAAAUAUUAUUUUAGAGGUGGAUGAAAAGAAGCUGAGUGAAUCCUUGAUUCAGAAUUUGGUGAAGAAUCUUCCUGAACAGAAGGAACUCAGUGCCUUAGCCCAGUUAAAGCAUGAAUAUGAUGAUCUCUGUGAGCCAGAACAGUUUGGAGUUGUGAUGAGCUCAGUGAAAAUGUUACGGUCUCGUCUCAAUGGCAUCCUUUUCAAGCUUAUGUUUGAAGAACAUGUAAACAACAUCAGACCUGCCAUGAUGGCAGUAACUCUAGCCUGUGAGGAGCUGAAGAAGAGUGAGAGCUUUAAUAGGUUGUUAGAGCUAGUGUUGUUGGUUGGAAACUACAUGAAUUCAGGCUCAAGAAAUGCCCAAUCGCUGGGGUUUAACAUCAGCUUUCUUUGCAAGAUUAGAGAUACUAAAUCAUCAGAUCAAACAACAACACUCUUGCAUUUUCUGGUUGAAAUCUGCGAAGAGAAUUAUCGGGACAUCUUAAAAUUCACAGAUGAACUGGAACACGUUGAGAGUGCAAGCAAAGUUUCAGCUCAAAGUCUCAAGAGCAACCUUGAUUCAAUGGAACUUCAGAUCCAUCGCCUAGAAAAUGAUAUUGAGAAGUUCCCUAAAACAGAAGAUGCACAUGAUAAAUUUGUGGAAAAGAUGACCAGCUUUACUAAGAGCGCCCAAGACCAGUAUGAAAAGUUGUCCAACAUGCAUAACAACAUGACCAAGUUAUAUGAGAAUUUGGGAGAGUACUUUACCUUUGAUCCCAAAGCAACAACUAUAGAGGAAUUUUUUGGUGAUCUAAGCAACUUCCGAACUAUGUUCUUGGAGGCACUGAAGGAAAACAACAAGAGGAGAGAAAUGGAGGAGAAGACCAAGAGAGCCAAGCUGGCAAAAGAGAAAGCUGAACGAGAGAGACUAGAGCGGCAGCAGAAGAAGAAGCAGCUGAUUGAUAUGAACAAAGAGGGUGAUGAGACAGGAGUGAUGGAUAAUCUGCUCGAGGCCCUGCAGUCAGGGGCAGCCUUCAGGGAUCGCAGGAAACGAACACCAAGAAUGCAGGAUAACAGACGAGUAACUUUGGAAAGGUCACGUUCUCGCCACAAUGGAACUAUCACAGCUAUAUGA